GGUUUAUAGUCACAAGGCGCGGCAUACGCGCAGACCCUGCGCGUGUCGCAACCGUAGUUGAGUGGCCAACCCCGACUAGCAUCAAGGAACUACAAUCGUUCCUAGGCUUCGCCAACUUUUAUCGCCGCUUCAUUGCCCGCUACGCUGUAGUAACGGCCCCUCUCACUGAUAUCCUCAAAGGAAAUCAAGUAUUCUACUGGAACGAGAUCACUACAGAGGCCUUCAAGGCGCUAAAAGACCGUUUCACAUGUGCGCCUAUCUUGCGCCAUUUUGUUGCCGCACUCGCGAUUCGCCUUGAAACAGAUGCCUCUACGUUUGCCAUCUCCGGCAUACUGUCUCAGCUAUUUGAGGACAACAAAUGGCACCCAAUUGCGUUUAUCUCACGCAAGCUACAAAGCGCAGAACUGAACUAUGAGGUUUACGAUCUUGAGUUGCUGGCCAUUGUAUAUUGUUUCAAACAAUGGAGACACUAUUUGGAAGGCGCACAACAGACCAUCCAAGUGUUGACAGACCAUAACAACCUGCGCUCCAUACGCGCUGUCCAAAAACUGAAUCCGCGCCAAGCACGAUGGGCGCUCUAUUUAGGUGCUUUUGAUUUUGAGAUAAAGCACCGCCCGGGCCAUUCCAACCCGGCAGACGGUCCCUCGAGAAGAGUGGAUUACGAGCAGGAGAAUACCUCACUGACUCAGUUGUUGCCUACCUUGCAGAAUAAGCUUCUGGCAAAGGAAGAGCAGAGUGGAGCAAGAAGAUCCACGCCCGAGCCCAGCUCGGUGGGCGCGUGUGAGACGCACGUAGCCAGUAUAUGCAGCGCCGUGAAGGUCUCUACUGCUGGCGCCAUGGGGUGCACACCAUGCGUGCCACGCUCACUGGCUAGGGUACUAGUCAGUGGCGAACCUGCAUUAGCCGGGUCGGAAACGUUGUUGGAAGUCCUGCUCCAACUCCAGCAAAGGGACGCCUUUGCACAGGAGAGAAGCGCAAGCUCCAAUCAACCAAAACGCACUCGAGUUCGCAGAGAUGCGCCCGCAUGGCGCAUCGAUGAGAAUCAAGUCCUGAGAUACAAUGGUAGGAUCUAUGUUCCAGAGGAACCAGCCAUCAGGCAGGAGAUUUUGUCCCAGAACCAUGACACACACAUGGCAGGCCAUUUUGGCGCACGUAGAACGCUUGAGCUGAUCAGCAGGCUAUACUAUUGGCCAACGCUGAGCCAAGACGUUCAGGAUUACGUACGGACUUGUGCAGUAUGCCAAAGGAGCAAAGCUCCAAGGCACAGUAAGCACGGCAAGCUAGCAUCGCUGCCAAUCCCAGAAGAUAUCUUCGAAGAGGUGUCACUCGAUUUCGUUACUGGAUUGCCACCAGCAAAGGACAACUCAGGUUGCGUCUUUGAUGCGGUACUAGUGAUAGUCGAUCGCUUCUCGAAGAUGGCGAUCUAUAUACCCGCUUUGAAGACAUGGGACGCAAAGCAAUUUGCUGAAUCCUAUUUUAAUCAUGUCAUCUUGCGGUAUGGUAUUCAAAAAGGUAUUGUGUCAGACCGAGGGUCAAUCUUCACUUCUGCUUUCUGGACAGAAAUAUGCUACCAACUACAGGUAAAGCGCAGGCUUAGCACCGCUUUUCAUCCACAGACGGACGGACAAACAGAACGCCAGAAUCAGACCAUGGAGCAAUACCUGAGAAUAUUCACCACAGACGCACAGGACAACUGGGCUUCGUUGCUCCCCACUGCCCAGUUCGCUUACAACAACUCAAUCCAUGAAUCAACAAAAUUAACACCAUUCUACGCGGUAUAUGGGAAACACCCAUUACUUUCUAUGCCACCUGAGGACAGCCGGCGAGAAGGGGAGGUGCCAGACGCUGUUAACAGGGUGCAGCGCAUGCACAGCGCACGCGCGUCAGCCAAGGAACAGCUGCGCAAAGCGCAAGAGUACCAGAGCCGCUACUACAACAACAAACACAAACCUGAAGUUUUCCACCAAGGAGACCUAGUGUUAUUGAGUACAAAACAUAUCAACAUACUCCACCAACCAAACAAGAAGCUGUCUAGCAAGUUCAUAGGGCCCUUCCGUGUACAAGACGCAGUCGGAACGCAGGCUUACCGCCUGCAAUUACCAC